AGCUGCUUCCUUUUUUAUUUCUUUCUAGUCUACUGCUACUGACUCCUGCUCCUAAUCUUCUCUCUCUAGAAGAGCAAGCAAGAGCUCCGGUAUUCAUCGAGAGAGAAGGAGAAGGAUGUUCGACAUACUAGUGGGGAGGAAAUUCUCGAACAAAUGCAAGCAUUCGGUGAAAUGCAUAAAGUGCAGGAUAGAGCUUAUCCGGAAGAAGAAGCAGGUGAUGGUGAAAUAUCUCAAGAAGGACGUUGCCGAUCUCCUCGCCGGCGGCCAUGACGCUAAUGCUUUUGGCCGGAUCGAUGCACUUAUUGUUGAAAUAAAUCAUGCAUCUUGCUAUGAUAUGAUUGAGCAAUAUUGUGGAUGUCUUUUGGAGCAUCUCUCGACCAUGUGCAAGGAAAGGGAAUGUCCUAAAGAAGCCAUGGAAGCUGUAGCAACUCUGAUUUUUGCUGCUGCCAGAUUCUCAGACUUGCCUGAAUUAAUUGACCUCAGAAGUAUAUUUACAAAGCGAUAUGAAACUCGGAUGGAAUCUUGCAUUAACAAAGAGUUUGUUGCGAAGAUACAGAAUAAAUCAUUUUCAAAGGUCAGGAAGCUGGAAGUAAUGGAAGAUAUUGUCCAAGAGUUUUCUGUCAACUGGAACUCAAAUAUGUUUGAGAACAAAAUGUCAAAUCAAUCCGCUCCUGUUCAUGGAAAAGCAUUGAAACAUCAACUUGCUUUUGAUGAGAAUGAGAAACAGUUUGCCAUGAGAGCUCUGCAGAACCUAGAAAUAAAACCAGAGGAGCAGAUAGAGUUUCAAACAAACUCCCACCAAUGUCAAUAACCCGUGCACUUUAUACUUUUGAGAAGACCGCGAAGAUGAUUGUGGAUGAAUCAGAGAACGCCAAACCUGAAUACACUGAUAAAAAUGCUAUUGUCAAGCCACAAUACAAUCAGAAUGAAAAUUACAGAAAUGGUUUCAUAGUAGAAGGCAAGGCACAAAGGGCUCAUGAACGAAUUAGUCUGGUUGCAACUGAGAAGCAAACUUCAGCAGAAGUUGUGCACACCAAAUCAACAGAUGGCUCUAAUGGAACCAUUGUAGAUCACGGCGGCUCAGCACUUUCUGAAGCUUCUGAGAACGUCAACGAGUUGGAUCAUAAUGGUCAAGAUAGGUGGCUUCAUAGACCAGUAAAUGCUUCUAGUCGGAGAACAUUUUAUCCUCAACCUCCAUACAGGAAACCCAACUUAAACAACAAUCCGAACAACAGUAAUUACGUGAAUCCUACAAACCAUGAGAAGUCUGCUUGCGGCCAAGGUAACAUGCCAAAAGACGAAAUCUUUAAAGAUGACUCCAAUCUAAAAUCUCAAAUUCAAACCAAGCAAGGAAAAGAAACUGCAAGGGCGAAUGACAUCCAUGGCGAAGUUUAUUAUGAGCAAAGGUUCAACAUAAAGAAAACGCCCAGUAGUCAUCGAAGACAUGGUAGCAGGCGAACUUUAGAGACUUCCGAAGAUGCUGGCUACG